AUGAGAAAGAAACAAAACAAUGUGUGGGAAGGAAACAGACGGGAUGUUACACAGUCUACAGAUAUAGGAGAUUGCAAGUCGUCGCAAGAACUAACUGAAUUCAAAAACGUUUCACACUAUUUUCAUUUACUUGAAAUACUGAGAUUAAAUUGUAUACGUUUAUGUUUUCAGUGGUUUCGGCUGUGGUUGGCGUUCACCGUGUCUACCUUGUGGUCGCGGCACAUUGACGCGCAAACACAAGAUGGCGCUGCCUUCGGUUGGGGAUGGCAGCUGUCACCACAGGGUACCGCCAGCACCGUAGGACAUUAUUAUGUCAAACUACCACAGUCUGAACAACAAGUGCGGUACUCGGCGGAGGGCUACAGCGGCGCCGGCGCAGCGGGGCCCGCGCUCUCCCUGCAGGCACAACCUGCGCCCGCGCAGGGGAGCGCAGAGUUACAGCAGCAGGCCCAAAACAUCUACGAUUCGUCACAAACGUCAAACACGACGCAACUGCAAGCUCCACCGAGCGGGCAACAACCCGUCGACAUCUACCUGCUCCAGCAACAGUACAACCCUUACCAACAGAACGCGGUCCUUCCGACCCCCGACACGGUACAAACCACCUCCAACUACGGUAACAACUACCAAAGUAACCAAAAUGAUAACUCGAAACCUCUUCAAAAAGAGGAUUAUAGCGAGUAUCGAGACUCAGUCCUGCAAGUCUUUAAGAACCACAACUGCUCAGACAAUGAUAAUUCCGAGGAAAUUCAGAACGACCUGAAAAAGUCCAAGGAUUUGUUUGCUGAAGUUCCCUCUUAUGAUAUUUAUGAUAUCAACAAUUUUGGUGCGACCUCCUAUCCUUAUACUUAUAGAGGUGCCGUUAAAUUUAGAGUUGAAGCUCCGCGACCUAACGCAAGGAAUGAACGGUACUACUAUACUACUAUAGAGACUCCUACCACACAAAGCGUUGAGAAUAAUACCGAAGACGGUAUUGGAAAGCUGGUUGCGUCUACCCAAGAUCUCAUAUCCAAUGACGAUUUGCUAAGAAUCAAUCAUGCUGCUGAGAAACAUGUUCAUGAACAGAGUGAAGAUAUCAUUAAACCUCGACCUAGAUAUACAUUUAGAAACAAUGACCAUUCAGCUCAAGAUAGCAGAAACACCCACUUCACAAUAAAAGCUAAGAUAAGUAAUAUCAUUGAUAAAGAACGUCGCACAGAAAAUAACCAACAAAAUGACCAGUUCUUACGUCAGAACGCCAACCAAUAUGACUUCGCUAGCCCUAUUGUAGUCCAAGACACAUCUUACAACAACUUUAAAGAACAGAUCGUUGAUAAUCUCGUGUCGACAAUGGUACCGUACAUGGCGAAUGGGUACCAAAUAGUAGGAGUCAAAGACAGGGACGAAGAGAAUCCCACUGACCAGGAAACAAAGGAAGAAAACCAGAAACUAAUCAAUGUUACUCCCAGACCGGUCAAUCAGAAAUACUUAGCACCUAUCACAGUAGCUUUGAGACUUCUGAAUGCUAACGAUAGCGAAUUAUUUAAUACUUUAGAUGAUCAUGAAGCGUCAGAUAGUGAGCUAGUCUCAGACACUGUACAAAGUCCUCCAAGAGAAAAGACAACAGUUGAAAUCCAAGAAUCAAUUCCAGUUGAAAUAACUCACAUUAACGAUGUUGAAGUACAUGAGUAUAUAGACUUUGAUGAAGGACGAAGCAACAAUAAAGGUCCUUUUGACGUCGCCAAGUCUCUAUAUAACAAAUAUGUUGACGCUUUAAGAUCAUCAAAGCAAAUGCAAGAUAAUAUGAAUAAACUACUUCAUAAGUAUGGAGCGCUGAAAGAUGAUGGUGAGAAAAGUGGUGAAGAUUAUGACAGUAAAGAACAGUUGGAGCAGAGCGAGAAUAUACAGAGACCAGUAGAAGUUAAGCCCAAUCAAGAGGAUACACAAGCUCAGACAAGCCAAAGAGUCCGUUAUUACGAUUAUAGGAAUGACAAUAAAAUAAUUCAACCAAUCAUAAUCGAAAAGGAAGUCCCCAUCACUAAAUUUGUAGACAGAUUCAUCGAGAAAAAAGUGCCGUAUCCUCAACAAGUCGAAGUUAAAGUACCAGUAGACCGGCCGGUACCAGUCCCGGUACCUUAUGAAAAAAUUGUUGAGAAACCGGUCGAGGUAACCAAGUAUGUUGACAAGCCUUACCCGGUUGACCGGCCUUACCCAGUUGAAGUUAAAGUUCCGUACCCGGUUGAGCAAAAGGUUUAUGUUGACCGGCCCGUCCAUGUUCCUUAUCCGAUUGAGAAGGUUGUUGAGAAGCAAGUGAUACACCCGGUUCCUAUUCCCACCCCGGUUGGGAUACCCUACGAGGUCCCUGUACCGGUUGAGCACAAAAUAUUGUACCCCGUUCCUAUUGACAGGCCCGUACCUGUCACAGUAGAAAUUGAGAAGCCUGUUGAGAGAAUAGUUAAUAGAGAAAUUCCAGUUCCCUACCCGGUUGAGAAGAGAGUACCUUACCCGGUUCAUCAUGAAACUAGAGUACCAGUACCAUACCCGGUUGAGAAAAGAGUACCAUAUCCGGUGGAGAAGAUUGUUGAGAAACCAGUAAUGAUAACCAAAUAUGUCGAUAAACCUAUACAUAUUGAAGUUCCGGUUCCACAGCCGGUUCCAAUCGCAGUGCAUGUACCCCAACCUUAUCCGGUUGAUAGGAUUGUGGAAAGAAAAGUUCCUUACCCAGUUCACGUAGACAGGAUUGUCGAAAAGAAAGUCCCAUAUCACGUACCCUACCCCGUAGAAAAAAUCGUCGAGAAAAUAGUUGAGAAACCUGUAAUAGUUACAAAAUACAUCGACAAACCAUACCCAGUCGAAAAGAAAGUUCCUUACCCGGUUGAGAAAAUUGUAGAGAAGAAAAUACCCUACCCGGUCCAAGUUCCAUUUGAGGUAAAAGUUCCCUAUCCAUUUGAGAAACCUAAUCCAAAUGCUGCACCAGUUUACAGGUUCAACCAACAUGAAAUAGACAGUUCGGAAACGAAGAGCAACGCGCAAUAUUACAAGGAUGAUAGGAAUAAAAGGAUCCAGAAUCAGCAACAACAACAGCAGCAACAACAACACCAACAACAACAACAGAAUCAGAUAUACAUUGCCCAGUACUACCAACUAUUGAAGGAAAGGCAGAGACAAUCGCAACAACCAGUACAGUCUACACAAUGGGGCAACCAAUACGCAUCCUCCUACCAAUAUAUAAACAACACUUCUGGUAGCAAACACCAAGAAGAAAAGAAAAACAACCUAGCAAACUUCUUGUCGUACGUAACGAAUGGAAAAAGUAACUCCAACCAGUACUACGGUCCAGUCCCAACGCAAAAUCAAGAUGAUUGGUGGCAGAAUAAUAAGAAUUAUAUUGUAGAAGUAAAAAUGAGGAGGGCGGAUAGGGAACCUAAGUUUACUAACUUGAGGAUUGAGUAUGGAGGUUUUAAACCCCCUCUUAUACCAAGCACUGAAGUCGAUUUAGAUGGGAUACCUAUUAAUAAAGAAUCGUGAGUCUUAAAACCUAUGACUCUCCUUUUGGACUAAAUUAUUUGAUUAAGAAACGGCGUGUCGUGAAGCAAAUGAAUAAAUGCCUAUUUUUAACAGUAGACAACAUUGAUCACUGCUUUAAGUGUUUAAGAAAAAGUGGGUGAAAAAUUGUUGCUUGACUUUUUUUUUACUUAAAUUUAAGGCGUUCUCGUGUCUGAAAAUUCGUGUUAAGUAUUCUGUUGACUUAAAAAGAAGAAUAAGAAUAUAUUCUACUUUUUUUAAUCUUAUAAAUAAUAAUAAUUUUGUAUCUUUUCGAUAAAAACGAAUGAAUCAAUGUACAAUGCCAUCGAAAAUGUAUAAAAAUAUUAUAGGUAACUUGUAAGUCGAGAUUUUGUCAAGUCAUUUUAAUAUGCAGUAUUUCUUUAGUUAAAUGUGUCAUAAUUAUAAUGUUUAUUCUUAAGUACAACUAAGUCUUAUUUAAGUUUAUUUUAUACUUAAGAACUUGCUUGAUAUAGUCCAAAUUUUUACCUACAUUUAAAUUGCCUAUGGCGUUAACGCUGGUCAAAUUGCAUAAAUAUACCUACCUAAAGGUUGUACCUACGUAUUGUUUUUCCUUAUGGUGUACAAUAAAGAGUAUUCUAUCUAUCUAUCUAAAGGGUUUCACUAACAAUAAAAAGACAUCAAGAAAUGCAACUUAACUGUGAGGGUUUGAUAUAGCAUCUAGACCCCUCUGACUGCUGUUCAAAACCAUAGAUAAAAUUAUCUAUUGACUUAAAAUAAUGAAAUUGUAGUUGUAAAGCAAGUGUUCAUUAUUGUUAAACUUAUUUAUUGUACUUAGAGUUAAGAAUGUAAAUAUUGAUAAAUCGUGUUAUUAAUGCAGAUCGUUUGUAAAAUAAAAUAUUUAAAAAAUU